AUGGGUCUUCUGCAGAGGUUCAAGAACUUUGUGUACCAGCUGAUGGUCAGAUAUCAAGUGAUUUUGUAUCUGAUUCCAGUACUGCAGCUAUUUACAAAACAUUUCGCAGAUACUAAAAAAAGAGCCAAUCACAGAAUUACUGAUAGAAGUGGAAAGUCCCUUCGGGCUUGCAAGUUUAAUGGAAAAUUGUUCCCAGCUUUUGGGUUAGAGAGACUCAGAACGAUCCCCAACAUCAGCAUAAGACGAGAUGACGUAAUGCUGUGUGGCUACCCAAAGACCGGAAGUCACUGGGUGCACGAGAUCCUGCACAUGUUGGUCAACGGGAAAUCGGAGCUAAGCAAACAUGGAAAAGGGCUCGGUGGAAUGAUUGACGUUAUGCCGGACAUCAUCAUUGACUCUCUGUCUUCACCACGUGUGCUCAAUUCUCACUUCGUGUAUGAGGAUCUACCAAAAGGUGUAAGGGAGCACAGAACAAAAAUCGUCCUCACAGUAAGAAACCCAAAAGACACAGUUGUCUCGUUCUACAACCAUGUUCGUAACCUGGAGGAGUUCUACACUUACACGGGAGAGUUCAAAGACUAUUUUGAGCUUUGGAUAGAGGGAAAUGUGGACUACGGCUCUUAUUUUGACUUUUACCUGUCCUGGGACGAGUUGCUCAAGAAUCAAGAGAGGCACCCUGUGCUACUUGUGAAAUAUGAGGACAUCAAAGCUCAACCCAUGGAGAAUAUCAAACGCAUAGCGCAGUUCUUGGAAGUUGACGUCACAGAUAAAUUCGUGGCCGAGAUAGUGGAGAAAACCAGCUUCGAUAGCAUGAAGUCCAAGAGGGCUAAGGCCACAGCAGCAAAACUUUUCCGCAAAGGAAAAGUUGGCGACUGGAGAAACUGGCUGAGUGAGGAACAAAGUGAAGCAGUCGACAAAGAAUGGCGGACAAAAAUGUUUGGGUGUACUUUAUACCAACCUCACUAUGAGUGAAUGUCUGCACGCUUGUGGACUGUUGUUAGAUUUGCUCAGUGAAAUAGUCGUAUAUUUGAUUCUGUGAAUGGUUCCUGUAAUAUAAGUGGGUGGGUGGCGGAUGCUCUAGUGUGGUCAACUCAUCCUUUCCUUCUAUCAAACACCUUUUGUCCUUGUCUCUCCUCCUUUUAUUAAUAGGCCUUAAAUAUGCCACUCUUUAGUGCAACUUUGAUUUUUCGCACUUAUAUGACUUGUUUGUGUUGUGUUGCAAGUGCCAUAGCCAUAAUACUCACUCAAAAACAUAGAAUAAUAAUAAUGAUAAUUAUUAUUGCAUUUAUAUAGCACAUAUCCACGCUCCACAGCAUGCACUUUACGGUUAUUAUUACCGCAGCAGACCCUAGAACACUCAGAGACAUACUCGGCUUCCCGGGACACACAUAGAACUAUCUAGGCAGAAGAUAUCCGGAGACGUCUCCGGCAAGCACACAGGAACUAUUCGGAGACGUACUACCGCACACAUGCACU